AUGGCGUUCGGAUUUUAUAACAUCUCGUUGCACGAAGACUCAAUCGCCCUAGCGACAUUCAAGACAGUACAAAGGAACGUCUUCAUCGCCACUUCAGCCGGGAUUGUGGGCACGCUCUCUAGGGCCCUCCACAACGGGAUCCCGUGGGUUCUCACAUCACCGUCGUCGUCGAUACGAUUGAGCAUCGAUUACGGGAGCGGCUCAAAUUUUAAAAGGGAUUCUCGAUAUCCUGGUCUUCUUUGUACCCUGGAAAUCACUGCACUGGCGAAGCUCCGAUCGUCUUCAUGGGUGCACGACUCGAGAAGUAAUCAAAGGCAAGAUCAUGCGUGA